AUGGGGACAUCACCUGCAUCUCCACUCCCAUUCGUCAAGUCGAAAACACCGUUCCGACCCAGAGUGAGCAAACCCAAAGUGCGGACGGGAUGUAUUGUUUGCAAGAUUCGACGAGUCAAAUGUGACGAAGCAAAACCAGCAUGCCUAAGGUGUACUUCCACAGGCCGGAAGUGCGAGGGAUACGCGCAGUCGAUGCCCAUCCAGGGGAAAGACACAUCGACAACACCAGAAGACAGCAGCGUGGACUCUGACUCCAAUCGCAGCUUCACAUUAAUCCCUGUCCUUUCCGGCGCGAGUGUAGAUGCCACCGAGAGGCGGUCUCUCCACUUCUUCUGGUUGGCAACGGAGAAUGACAUAUCUCGGCACUUCGGGGACGACUUCUGGAGGGGGCUAGUUCUGCAGAUGGCCCACGCCUACCCUGCGGUUCAAUACGCUCUGCAUGCGACGAGUGCCCUGUACGAAGCAUACAUGAUGAACAACGACGCGGGCCUUUCGCAGGGAAUGCUGGACAUACCGACCAGCCGCGCGGCCAUGCUCCGACAAAAGGCGGUCAAGCUCCUCUCGGGCCACAUGCUAGAGGACAGGCUCCCGCGCCAGGUCGUGCUGACUUGCUGCCUGUUGUUUGUGUGGCUAGAGUUUCUACGUAACGAUUUCGACGCGGGUCUGACCCAUCUCAAGAGCGGGCUGCGCAUCCUGCUAGAAAUGGAGCAGGAGCAGAAGCAGCAGCUGCACACCCCAGUGUCUUACUCGGGCUCCGUCCCAACGCUGCAAGACGUCGAUGGCACCAUCUCGCACAUGUUCACGCGCCUGCAGAUCCAAGCUGCCAUCCACGGCUAUCCCACUUCCGACUUCAACUCCACGCCGCUAAGAUUUCCUUCCGAGGCCAUCAUCGAACACAUCCCGCAGUCAUUUCGGGGCAUCGCCGAAGCGCGGCACUGGCUCGACAACAUCGUGAUACAGGUUUUCCAACUCAUCCGGCAGAAGCAACAGUUCGAGGCGAGUCAGGGGCCAGCGGCUACUCUCUCUCCUCACUGGCCACUGCUCAUCCGUGCCCGCGAUUCACAUCUGGUGCGUCUGGAACAGUGGCACAGGGCGUUCCGGAAUAGCGAGCACUUGACGCACACGCCCGGGGCAGCCUCGCCGGCGAUCCCCCUCCUCGGGCUGAACCACGCGAUGGCGGCCAUGGUGAUGAAGAACCUGUUCUCCGAGUCAGAGUUGACAUACGACCGGUAUCAUGCCGACUUCGAGCGCCUACUCGGACUUUGCGAGGCCAGCCUCCGGCACUCCCGGCGCGAAACCUCCGGCCCAGUCCUCUCGCUCGACGUGGGCGUCCUGCCAUGCCUUUUCUACGUCACUCUCAAGUGUCGCGACACGGCGAUCCGGCACCGGGCGCUGCACCUGUUGGAGUCGGCACCCGACCGCGAGGGCAUGUGGCACCGUAACAGCAUCAUCGCAGCUGCCACCUGGAAGGUAGCCAUGGAAGAGCAGUGGCGGGGUAGGGCUGAGCCGGGGAAGCAGCUGCUGCCUGAGUCGGCAAGGAUCUACCGCGAGAAGGUCAUAGUUGCAGGGACCCAAAGGGGGCCCGCUAAGGUAAAGGUACGCUUUGGAGGCGGGCCCCCUGGAAGUGCCGAUGUUGACUGGGAGGUAAACCGGCUCCUGUCCCGGUUCGGAGAUAUGAUUUGA